ACCAGUCCAGGAAACCUACCCGAACCGGUCCAGAGCGGGACCCCUGUGGGUCCAGAGAUUUUUGGUCUGGGCGGAGCCACAGCGGGUCCAGAGUCCUCUGAUUGGCGGAGAAAUUACGUAACUACCCGCGACAAUCCCAGGGGAUGGAAAGAAGUGAGCCGAGUUCCAGUGUUUGUUUGGCUGAACUCCUUGUGCGCGAAAAUGCCUGCAAGUAAUAGCUUUUGGUCCAGUGCGGAGCUUCAAACGUUCCUCACCAUCAUGGGAGAUAGCAACAUUCAGGCCGAGCUGGAUGGGAUGAGAAGAAAUGAGAAAGUCUUCAAAGAAGUUUCUCAGCGCAUGGCAGCUGAAGGAUUCCAGCGCACCUCCGAGCAGUGUCGUGCGAAGCUGAAAAAAACAAAAGCCCGCUACAGAAAAGUUAAGGACAGCAACGGCCGUAGUGGGAAUGGGCGGAGUACAUGGAAGUGGUAUGAUGUGGUGGACGCUAUUUAUGGACACAGACCGUCAAACCGAGGCAGCGAAGGAGGUCUGGACUCGGCGACCAGUAUCCUGGAGUCACUCGUAAACCCUAUUGGCUGUCCUAAUGCAGUAACGGAUGUUAAUUCUGAAGACUGGGCCCCUACUGUUCACCCGGGUUACCUAAAGUGUAACGAGAGGCCACAAACAGAAGAAGCAUCAUGCCAGAGGGGGGAAAGAGCUAAGGCGCAGGAGGUGGCAGCAAACUUGGAUGAUGUUCUCUGUGAUGAAGGCUCGUCGAUUCCUGAUGUGGGAUUUUCCAAAGAAGCUAUGGUCCCAAAGGCUGUCUAUGAUGACCUCAAACAGAAGUACAGCCAGCUUCAAGCCGAGUGUGACAACCUGCGCGUGGACAUCAAGAAACUGAAACUUGCAUCUAUUAAGUUCUUGGACUGACCGCUGUGCUGUGUGUGUGGGAGUUCAGUAAGAAUCUGGUAGGGGGUGACUUGCUCUUUAAAAGAAUUUAGAAAUUAACAGCCCUGGUGUAAAAAUAAAGCAAGGAAUGCCAAAGAUGCAUUUAACUGGUUAAGGGUGUUAGCUAAAGCUUUAAUCUGUUAACAUGGCGUAACUGUACGUUUGUGAUUCUAUUAGAUUAACUAUCAGUCAACUAUCAGCAUUCCUACUCAACUUAUAGCUUAUAUUCAUGAACUUUAAAGAGCAAGUCACCCCCUACCAGAGUCUAACUCCACUCCCACUUCAUGUUUGAAAAAUGCAACACAUGCUGUUGCCUGGCAGACCGAGGGUGGAGCUGCUAACAAAUACACACACACACACAGGCUCAUGACAGCAUUGUGACAUCAUAAUGUACCAGUGUACAUCAUAGCAUACCUCUUAGCCAAUAGCAGUGGCAGAUUUAAAUUAAAAUACAGUGCAGAGUUUUUACCUGACAACGGCACAACACUGCCAGUUUUAGGCAGAAUAUUUAAAUUUUAACUAAGAUGCACUGAAGUGCCAAAUUAUUGACGACACGUGUCUGCAGCACGAUUAGACACUCGUUUAUUUAGUUUAUCAGCAAAAAAAAUGGUGUAUUUGGGGUGACUUGCUCUUUAAUGAUUUUAUUUAUUUAGUAAGGGGUAAAACAUUUUCUUUAUCCUGUUUAACCCUAUCCCCCCCCCCCAUUGGGGGCCUCUACAGUUUCAUGUCCCAAACAUCUGCAACUGUCCAAACACAACUAAACCCACAAUCACACAGCCCAGGUGGGAAAAAAGGCCAUUUUAAAUUGUAAUAAAUUAAGAUACAAUGAUGUUUGAACUUUACUUUAGAAGAGCAUCUGACCUUCUCUGGUGUCUGCUGGAAAAAUAAAACCUUGAACAAAUGUAGUUGAGGACCCCUGGAAUAAAUAAAACAAUGACUAAAUUUCCUAAAUGGAUUUUGAACUCACAACCUCCAUCCUGUCAGCACGUUUACACAGGGCAGCUCUUCUAAAAUAAAGUUCAAGUAUCAUUUUAUCUUAAUGUAUCAGAAGCCAAAAAUUGCUUUGUUUACUAUCUAAACUGGUUUGAUUGUAGCUGUAGCUGUGCUCGGGGAAUGCAAACAAUCACUCACACUUGGGACAUGAAACUCCAAAGGCCCCCGAUUGGGAGGCGCCAGGGCCCAAAGAAAAAAGGUCUAGGGCCUAAAGGGUUAUUGGAAAAGAUUCUCCAGCAGCGGUGAUUUAGUUAUAGGCUAUGUGACCACUAGAUGGCGCCAGAUACAAAGAAUGUCUUUCUAAACUGGUUGUUUUUCAAAACCACUUAGCAAUAGGGGUCAGAGUUCAGAGUGAACCCUGUGUGUGUGUGUGUGUGUGUGUGUGUGUGUGUGUGUGUGUGUGUUGAUCUGGUUCUUCUGCCUCUGGAAAAAGAUAUUUUUCCAUAUUUUGAGAACAACUUGAGUUUAGUUUAAAAUCUACAGAUUUGAGAGUUUAUUUCCUGGUUUUUUGAACACAAAUUUUCAGAAACACAAAAGCUUAUAAAAAGCAACAAAUCAGUAAACACUGAAUGUUCAAACCCAUUGUUUCACCAAGCCAAGGUGAAAUUAACAUGAAGGGGAAAUAUGACAUUGUCCUUACCAUACCAGUUUUAUUUCUAAAGCACAUUUAAAACCAGCAGGCAGCUGACCAAAGCGCUGUACAAAAACAAAUAAACAUACUAGGCAACGACUUGCAGCAAACUGGUUUAAAACCCUUUUGGUUUGUGGAUAGUUUCAGUAGAGUUUAUAAAGUGUCGUUUAAAUUUUCUUGUUAUGUUUUGUUUGUUUUUAAUUUGUCUUUGAGACGUUCUGUGCCUCUAUAAUAAAACAUCGGUUUGUA